UUUGACACCACCCAUGUGAAGUAUAGACGAAUGCUGUUCUCCUCCACAGCUGGUAAAUGAAGUAGUUAAACAGGGAGACAUCUUUUGCACGGGUAUCUGCGUUGAAUGCGGCGUCUAUGAGUUUACAAGCCGUGCUGAAGAAUGGCCGCCAAACCUCCGUACUCGCACAGGGACCCCAUGCUGAAGAAGAGAGAUGACUUUGAGGAUAUUUUGGAGGAGAGGAGGAACUCCAGCGACCUGAGAUAUGCUCUCAAAUGUUACACGCCUGUGGUUUACAAAGGAGUAACUCCCAAUGCAGCCAGCCUGCUCAAGACCACCGUGCUGCAGUCUGAUCAGCUGCACUAUGUCGUGGAUCAGCUGUCCAAGGAGACAGGCGUGGCUGCUGAUGUCAUCCAGGAGGAGGCGUCAGCCAUCUUGGAGGAAAUGGCUCAUCGCCAGCAGCUCAGCACCGUUCGCUUCUUUGCUUUCACCCUCAGCAAGGCCUUCAAAGCUCUGUUCAGGAGCAUCCAUGUCAAUGAAGAAGGCAUCCAGAGACUCCAGCAGGCCAUUCAGGAGCAUCCUGUGGUCCUGCUGCCCAGCCACAGGAGUUACAUGGACUUCCUGCUGAUGUCGUACAUCCUGUACACCUACGACCUGGUGCUGCCUGUCAUCGCUGCUGGCAUGGAUUUCAUGGGGAUGAAGUUUGUUGGGGAGAUGCUGCGAAUGUCCGGCGCUUUCUUUAUCCGCCGGUCAUUUGGUGGAGACAAGCUCUAUUGGACUGUUUUCUCUGAAUAUGUCAAGACCAUGCUCAGGAAUGGAAUGGCACCUGUUGAAUUUUUCCUAGAGGGGACCAGGAGCCGAACCUCCAAGUCUUUGACUCCUAAGUUAGGUCUGUUGAACAUCGUGAUGGACCCGUUCUUUAAAGGGGAGGUGUUUGAUGUGAGCCUGGUUCCAGUCAGUAUCAGUUAUGAGAGGAUCUUAGAGGAGACGCUGUAUGCCAGGGAGCUCCUGGGUGUGCCCAAACCCAAGGAGUCCACCUCAGGUCUGUUUAAAGCCAGAAAGGUCCUUAGCGAAGACUACGGCAGCAUCCAUGUCUACUUCGGACAGCCUGUGUCUGUCAGAAGUUUAGCCCAGGGCAAGGUCAACCGCUGCCAUUUCAACCUGAUGCCAAGACACAUCCCCAGGAGGCCCAGCGAUGAGACGCAGUGCUUUGUUAAUGACUCGGCCUACAGUCUGGUGCGAGCUCAGGAGGAGAACAUGGUCCUGAAGCCUUGGGUUCUUCUGGCCUCCCUGCUGCUCCAGAACCAGAGCCAGGGGCUGCUGCUGGAUGAGCUGACUGAACAAGCUGUGUGGCUCAGGGGCCUUUCCCGUGAAUACGGGGCCUUCCUCAACUGGCCUGACCACAUGGCUCCAUCAGAGGUGGUAUCAUCCAGUCUUUCCCUGCAUCGAGAUCUAGUGAAAAUCUCAGGUGGCCGGGUCCAGCUCGCGUUGGGAGGACAAGCAGGGCCACGGCAGCCGUGCAGCAGCCCCAUCACAGAGGAGGAGCUCAUGAACCAGGCAGUGGUCGUACUGUCCUGCACCUCCUACAGGAAUCAGGCACUGCACGUCUUCCUCCGGCCAGCACUGCUGGCUUCGGCUAUCCACAUUGCCACAUCCGCCAAGAAGGAGGAAGUCUACAACAGUUUCAGCUUCCUGAGGAACAUGUUGUCCAACGAGUUUAUCCUCUGUCCCGGAGCAACUCUGCAGGACUUUGAGGAGGCCUGCUACCUGCUGGGGAAGACUGGGGCGCUGCAGAUGUCCCAGCAGGAAAUGCAGGUGACCGACAGUGGACAAAAAACAGUGAACUUCCUCACUGCCAUGCUGGACCCCUUCCUGCAGGGAUACCAGGUGGUGUGUCGGUACCUGUGUGAGGAGGCCACCGAGGCUUUGACAGAGAAACAGUUUAUCCCUGCUAUCCGGACGUUCAUCGUCAGACUCAUCCUAGCAGGGAGUCUGAGGUACUAUGAGCUGCUGUCUUCAGACCUCCAGAAGAAUGCUCUGGCGGCUCUGCUGAGACUUGGUGCCAUACGGAAAAUCAAAGUAGCGGACAAUGUGACUCUGAAAGUAAACAGGCUGAUGGUGAACUCACUGGAAGACACUCUGGGAGGAAAACUCCCCACUCAGAAAGCUGUUGCUGCUCGCCUCUGAUCCCCAGGAAUCUUCAGCCAAAGAGCCUCAGGAGAGUCGGCUGCAUUCACCUGCAGCGUGUUGCCACCACGCUGCGACUCAGCUCGACUCACUAGAAAAACAGUCCGUCUCUACUGCUUUCUAAAAGGACUAAACACUAGAUUUGCAACCUGGCAAAUCUUUUCUUAAGUUUUUUUUUUUAAUCCUCUAUUCACUUCUUUCUUAUUUGUCCCUGUUUCACCUUUCCUCAACUAUACACAAAAGCUCACUCUUGUUUUUUCUCCCUCAUAUGAGACCUUGUGUUGCUUAGCGCUUUGGUUCACUGUGAACAACUGAGCUUAUCAAAGCUUCUGAAUGUGCCAACUCCAUUUACUCAAGCACUGUGGCACAGAUCUCCUGUGACUUUUCUUUAUUUAACUCUCCUCUUUUAUAUGAGCGUCAGUUUGUUUAUUUGUUCUCCUUUUUGUUUUGGGCACUCUUCUAUAUUUAUGCAAUGUGGUGUGGACCUAUUUCUUAACUUUCCUUUGACUUGUUGCCUUUUCAUUUUCAUAAAUACAUACACAGGCUACAGAUGGGUUACAGAGAAAAACAUAAAGGCACAUUUCGAGUGUAUCACAAGCUUCAGUGCGCCUUGGCAUAGGCCCUGAUAUAGUACUAUAGUAGGAUCUAUGAUAGGAUCUACAAUGUGACACCAUCAGCACUGGCCUACAGAGAGGUGGAAAAAAGUGAUGACUGAGCCUUCACCAUGUUCUGGAAAACCACAAGGAGAGCUCCACAGGUCUGAAUGCUGCAACCGUACAGUGGUCCACCUCACUUUUUCAACAUUUUUCAACUUGUCCUCUCAGAGGGAAGGCUCACUGCAAUUCAACACAAAGUUAUCCUGAGUGAUUGCCUUUAUCCUGUGCAAAUGGUGAUCCAAUGAAGGAUGACAACACCAUCCACCUGGCACGAGGGCUCAGCAACUGGUCGAUCGGGAUGAAAGUGAUGUAAAUCAUGAUGCUACGGCCUUCACUCUCACCAGAGCUCAACCCAACGUAAACAGGGCUCUGUACCAUCAGCAGACCGGUGUUGCAUUGCUCCGUCGGAGUCACAGAGACUUGUAGGACCUGCGCCAAGGAACACUGAGGCUCAGCACCUUUACCAAGACACUUCAUGUUGCUUGUUUCUUGUGACACACACACUCAAAAAUACUUUAGUGAACAUUCUAUACACAAAACAUGGGAAGUAACAGUGUUUGUUCUUAUUUUUCACAGCAGUGUUUUUUUGUUUGUUAUGUAUUUGUGCCUGUUUGUUCUUUUGGUGUGAACAAAAGUUACUGAAGUGUGUGUGUAUCAUUCUUGAAUGUGAAUCCAAAGAUGAAUAUGUUUGGGGUUUAUUUUAUAUUAUCUGAGGAGCUUGUUGCAAAACUAAAUAGUCUGUACUUGAGUUUCUCCACAGACCCGCUGCCAAACUUAAAAAUUGUUUGUACAAGAAUGACAAGUAGAAGGAGGGUCUUUUUUAGGAUGUUACUUUCUGUGAUAAUAGAAUACCAACUGGCCUUGUGCAGCAGUUACUUCCACUGUGGACUUAAGUCCACUCAAUGUUGAAUAUUGAUAAGAUUCAAAGAUUUACUUCAAAAUGAUCAUCCCAUCAUGUUUUGUUAUCCCUCUUGCCAAUGUUUGGAAUAAGGAAGUGUAAUAUAUGAUGAUUGGACUUCCACUCUGGUCUAAAACCUCUUUGCCAAUACAUCAGUAUGUCACUUUAUACAGGAAAGCAGCACGUUUACAUCUGUUUUCUUACAAGGGAGCAGAUGCCAAGUCCAAGUCAGUGUCGGCUGCAUGCCAAACAGAACAAAUUGCCAUCAGUUAGGAUCAAGGAGAGCACAGAGGAGUGAAACACAGCCAAGCUCAGUCACUGCUCAGGAUGAGUCAGGAUCAGGUCACAUUACACGACUUUCUCCCGGUUUAGCUAUGGGCCCGAUCCACAGCUGGGCCGAGUCUGGGCCAGUCGGCACCGCUCAGGUCUAAUCAGUGCAAAACAGAGAAACCAGAGGUGUAUGAGGGGUGAAGACUCUAACCUGGGGGAGUCAGAGAUGCUAUGAUUCACUGCUGGUUUCUGGAGGCUAUAUUGUGUAUACUGUUCAAAUACACAAAGGAGGGACCGGUCAGUAGCCAAUGAAAAUUACCAAAAAGGACCACUCCACUUUUGUUUCACUCUAGUAUAAAUAGACAGCUCAGCACAUCGGCUCCAACUCCCUCAGCCUACAGAGCCCUUACUGUCUCAUAAUCAAAAUGUGUUGUGCACACUUGUAAGUUCUCUUUUUUAUAAUCUUACAGCAAACUUCAAAAGCUGCAAUUUAUUUUUCCUCUGCUCGUUUGUACCAGCUCUUGAAGGCAGCAUGAGAGCUUGUGUUCUUGUGUGAGUCUGUCUGUGAUCCAAGUUUUCUCUCUGUGUGUGAUCCCAAUCUUUAAAACUCAUUAAAACUAAAUUCAUAACACUCA